GUGCGGUGACACUGAUUGUUACAAAUGAUUCCGAUUAAACGUAAUUAUCCAAGACCUGUAAUCGAAUAAUUGUAGAAGAAAAAUGCGUGUCUCCGAGCUAUUUGGAAGAGAAUCUAAUGCAGUGAUGCAGUUUUUCUGCUGUGUCGUGCUGAGCAUCUUCUCCAUAAAUUCAACAGGAGCAGCACGGAGGUCGCCAAUAAACGGAACAUGGAUACGAAUGGGUUUAAUGAUGGAUGAGAAAAUGCAAGCAGACCAAGGUCCACCAACAUGCCACACGCUUCCGGGCUUGAGUCCAGGCCAGGUCAGACUCUGUCAAUUAUACAUGGACCAUAUGAACGCAGUUGCCAUUGGUGCCCGUCAGGCUCUUCUGGAAUGCAAACAUCAGUUUCAGAAUCGCAGAUGGAAUUGCUCUUUGUUGAACGACGUCAACGUAUUUGGUCCUGUUAUAACUAUUGCUAGCCGUGAAUCAGCAUUUGCUCAUGCUUUAGCGGCAGCUGGUGUGUCUUACGCUGUGUCAAGAGCUUGCAGAGAUGGGCAGUUAUCUUCAUGUGGCUGUUCUAGAAUGGGAAGGCCAAAAGACCUUCGCAAGGAUUGGAUAUGGGGUGGCUGUGGUGAUAAUUUGGAAUAUGGAUACAAAUUUACACAAAACUUCGUUGAUGUUAGAGAAAAGGAACGAAAAUUUAAGAGAGGAUCCAAAGAACAAGGUCGCAACCUCAUGAACUUGCACAACAAUGAAGCCGGCAGAAGAGCUGUCAUAAAGAGAUCGAAAAUCACGUGCAAGUGUCAUGGCGUAUCUGGCUCCUGUUCACUGAUAACUUGUUGGCAGCAGUUGGCUACUUUCAGAGAAAUUGGAGACCAUCUCCGGGACAAAUAUGACGGAGCGACGGAGGUCCGCAUUAAUCGACGCGGUCGACUUCAGCUGCGAGAUACUCGCUUCCGUGUACCUACUGCCUACGACCUCGUCUACAUGGAGGACUCUCCCAACUACUGCGUACGAGAUGAUCGAUUAGGCUCCUUGGGAACGCAGGGCCGAAUCUGCAACCGAACCUCGCAAGACUUGGAUGGAUGCAACCUUCUCUGUUGUGGUCGAGGCUACAAUACCCUCAAGUCCGUAAUAAAAGAACGAUGUGACUGCAAGUUCAAGUGGUGUUGUGAGGUUGAAUGUAAGACGUGUGUCCGAUCAGUGGACGUGCACACGUGUAAGUGAUUUGUGUAAAUAAAAUUCACCCGUGAGUGUUGUUCGUGGUGUUUGUCAGUACUUAAGUAGUAGCAGCGAACUGUGACCAGUGAAAUUUUUCAAAAAAAUACUGUUUAUUCCGAAGUUUUGUUGUAGAUUGUAAUAAUUUAUUAAUUUAUUUGUUGACUAUUAUUUUAAAUUGGCCGUUCAUUUUUGUUAUAAUUACUUUUAGUGUAUAUGUAUAUUUUGUACUUACGUAGAUUUCGUCCGCUUCGCAAACAAAAGUAUUAUGGGAAAAUGACUGAAUUUUUUAUAACUUUGUGCGUUCUUAUUAUUAAAAACGAUAUAUUUUACCGGUUCUAACAAAAAAAAAAAUAAAUAAAUACUUGAAGGCAAACUAUUGCUACUUUGGUAUAUAGACUAAUAAUAAUAAUAAUAAUAGGUCGUUCAGAGAAAAAUUCCUUGUGCUGAUAGCAUAGACUGAUGUAAAGUUGUAAUUGCACUUAUUUCAACUGUGUCAGUUAAGGCAAGAGAAGUGAAAACAAUAUCGGAUAUAGUACCAAGUACCAAUAACAAAAUUUACCUCCCUAGUUGCAAAAGUGGAGUUUCUGUAUCAGGAUGUGAGCGAUUUUCAAAAAGAUAGUAAAACCUAUUCGAAAUUUUCACUUCCCUAAAAAAAUGAAAUUUCAACAGUGUUGCCGCGUGUACCUAGGUGCUGGUGGGCCUUUAAAAUGUGAACAAAGGUUAUUUUAAUCAAAAGCAUAGGGAAAAAAAUAUUAUUAUAUUUAAUUUUUUUCUACAACAUAUUAAGAUGCGUUUUGUGGGAAUAAAUAUGAACGAUUACUCCUUUUAUUGUUACGAAGAUUUAGCUCUGGGACAUACGAUUUUAAAGCCACAAUUUAGAGAUAACCUGUACAUUUACUCAUAAUGUCUAGACAUUAAUAUAAAAAGUGUGAGUAUUAGUGCUAAUUAUUUUAAUAGCACUCAUCAGUAUAAUGAGUUAAUAAUUGUACGUUUCGAAAAUUUUCAAAACUGAAUUCAGUAAUUAUCAUAAAUUCGACCUAACAUGUACCGUUAAAAACUGCUACUAAAGGUUGUAUGGUAUCUAAAUGUGGUACUAAUUAUUAAAGUGUCAAUAGUGACAGACGAUCUCUAAUACUGUCUACUAUAGUUUGUUCAUUUAUUUGCUCAUAAAUGGAUUUUUUUACCGAAGAUGCCGAAGUAAAAU